AUGAUCGAUUCGUCAGCAGAUAUACCUUCGAUACUGAAACUUCAGUAUCUGUUGUCAUCAUUGAAGAGUGAGGCGGCGCUGCUGUUCGAGCAUACCACAUUGACCGCGGACAACUAUGCGACCACCUGGGCCGCGCUGCUGAAACGGUAUGAUAACCCGCGCAUGUUAGUCCGUGAUUAUUAUCGAACAUUGCAUCACCUUCCCGCGAUGCAUGAAGGAUCUGUGGAUGAAUUGGCGCAGCUUGUGGACGAGUUCACGCGGCACGUGAACGGUUUAAGAAAGCUGAAGGAACCGGUUGACAACUGGGACACUCCCCUCACCACAUUGCUGUUCUUCAAAUUGGAUUCAUCAACCAUCCUAGCUUGGGAAAAGCAUUCAUCGGCCAGCCCCAAGGAUAAGUAUUCAGAUCUAAUCGAUUUCCUGCAGGAUAGAAUCCGAAUCCUUCGUUCGUCCCAAACGUUAGCAAAGAUAUCUGAAUCGAAACAAACGCCGGUGGUACGGUCGUGCAAUUCCGUCUUCCGUUGCAACAAGUGCAACGCACGUCAUCACAGCAUGUUGCACGACGAUUCACCGCCACAGGUAACCAUGAACGUAGGUUCGAGCAAUGAAAUUGUGGUUCUCGAAACGGUGGUUCUCUGGUUAGUCGAUGACCAUGGCAUUCGGCAUGAAGCACGAGCGUUGUUGGAUUCAGGAUCCAUGUGCAAUAUCGUGUCCGAAUCCCUAGCGCGGAAGCUGCUGACACGUCGUACAAAGAUCAACGUUGCAUUGACAGGUAUCGGUGAGGGUGUUCAGCAAGCCAAGGGUUCGAUCAUCGCAACGGUGCAGUCAAAGUCAGCGCCAUUUUCGUCGCCACUUGAGUUCCUGAUAGUGAACUCCCCUUGUGCUGAGAUACCGACUGCCCCAAUCGAUGUUGCUGGUUGGAAAUUCCCUGACGUUCCGUUGGCUGAUCCUGCCUUUAACCUUCCUUCAAGAGUUGAUGUGAUCAUUGGGAGUGACGCAUAUUGGGAAUGGCAUACCGGAAAGAAGCAGUUACUGGUCAAAGGCGGUCCUUGGAGCCAUGAGUCUCUCGAUACAUUGCUGCAACGGUUUUGGGAGAACGAGACCAAUCUAGAGGGACCCGCUCUCUCGCUUGAGGAAGAUGCUUGUGAGAAGCAUUAUGCUGCCACUACAACGCGUGAUCACCAUGGUCGUUACAUCGUUUGUCUGCCUCGUAAUCCCAGAGAAGAUAUAGUAUUGGAUUCAUCAAAGGAGAUUGCGGAUCGACGACUGAUGGCUGUGGAGCGGCGAUUGAAGAUCAACCCUGAAAUGGAGAUGGAAUAUAAGCGUUUCAUGCAAGAGUACGAGGAACUUGGUCACAUGCGAAAACUUACCGAACCAGUGGAUGAUAGUGUUCCGCAUUGUUAUAUUCCUCACCAUGCGGUGGUGAAGGAAUCGAGUACAUCCACAAAAGUACGGGUCGUGUUUGACGCGUCCUGUAAAACGAGCUCGGGAUACUCCUUAAACGAUACGUUACUAGUUGGCCCAAUUGUCCAGAAAGAUCUACUAACAGGAGCGACUGACCUUAACGAAGCAGUAGAAGUGCGAAAGCAAAUCACCGCAAUGCUCGAUUCAGCUGGUUUCGCAUUGAAAAAGUGGGCAUCUAACGUUCCAGAAUCGCUUCUAGAUGUCCCAUGUGAAGAUCUUGCGAUUCAAUCAAUGCACGAGUGGAAGGAUGGUCAAGCUGUUUCGACGCUGGGGCUGGUUUGGGAACCCGCCAACGAUUCGUUUUCCUUCAAGGUUGGCCUUCCACAACCAGCUGAAGUAUUAACGAGAAGCUUGAUCUUGUCGUACACGGCAAGCAUAGUCGACCCACUUGAAUCGACGGACAACAUUGUGACGGUGCAAUUGUUAGCAGCGAAGUCGAAAGUGGUUUCAUUGGCGAAUACGCACUCGAUCGCCAGGUUGGAAUUGUGCGCCGCACGAUUAGCAACCCAACUGUUCCAGAAGGUGAGUCGAACGUUACCGGCAUCUACGAUGGCCUUUUGUUGGACCGAUUCAAUGACGGUAAUGUAUUGGCUGGAUUCUCCACCACGUCGAUGGAAACCAUUUGUCGCCAACCGAGUGGCGCAGAUACAGGAAGAAACGCGGAUAGCUGAGUGGCGUCACGUUCCUGGUUGUGAUAAUCCAGCAGACGACAUAUCACGGGGUCUGAAGCCGGAGGAGCUGCUUAAUUGUGAACGUUGGUGGCAUGGGCCUCGUUGGUUGGCUUACAGUCAUGAUGCAUGGCCAAAUCAUCCACCAGCAGUGAAGGAGAAUGACGGUGUCAUCGAAGAACGGGCGACGGCGUCACGGAUUGUCACAGUUUCUACGAGGUGUGAGUUCCGUGACAAACUGUUCGAGCGAUACUCAUCAUACUACAGGCUGAGACGAGUUGUAGCUUAUUGUUUACGCUUCAUGGAGUGCAUCAAGGGAGCCAACAAAUCAUCGAGAUGUCCGACCUUUCCAGUGUUUCCACGUUUGCCGAAGGUACGGAAGGGUUCCUAUUGCCAGGACGCACAAGAACCACCAACACAGUACGGUAGUUGA